AUGGAGCACCGCGGUCGCUCCGCCCUCCGCCGCCUCGCCGCACUAACUCUCGCCGCCGGCCUCGUCGCGUUAGCCGUGCUCGUCGCGCCGACCACCGCCAGCAACGCGUACUUCCCGCCCUACCCCUUCGCGCCCAGCAACACGGGCAUCUAUGUCUUCAGCGCGGGGGGGCCUGAGAGGAUAACCGACGACAAGGUCCUCACAUACGAUGACGCCCUGUGCGCGAGCGUGCCGCAAGGAGGGAAUCGCUUCGCCAAGGGCGCUGUCGUGAAGGUGCGGUGGGACACGAUCGGGUUCAAAGAGUACUCGUGCGCUCGACUCACCUUCCACCGCACCCCACGAUGCGGGGGCCCGCCCUACUUGGCGCUCGUGCGCCCCGACAGGCAAGGCGCCCCGAUGAGCAGCAGCGAUCGGCGCGCCAUGCUCACACGCAGGGCGUUCAUUCCCUCCCAAGUGCCCAAGUCGGUCAAAUGCGAGCUCAAAU